CCCAUAGACUGCAGGAUGAGCCCCUGGAGUUCAUGGUCACAAUGUGAUCCUUGUCUCAAACAGAUGUUUCGUUCAAGAAGCAUUGAGGUUUUUGGACAAUAUAAAGGGAAAAGCUGCACGGACGCUCUAGGAGACAGGCAAUCGUGCGUGCCCACGGAGGUAUGUGAGGAUGCCGAAGUGGACUGUGGAAAUGAAUUUCAAUGUGGCACAGGUAGAUGCAUACCGAGGCGACUCCUGUGUAAUGGUGACAAUGACUGUGAAGACUUUUCAGAUGAGGAGGACUGUGAGAAGGAUCCCCGGCCCCCCUGCCGUGAUCGUGAGGUCGAAGAGUCAGAGCUGGCCCGGACAGCAGGCUAUGGGAUCAACAUUUUAGGGAUGGACCCCCUAACCUCACCUUUCGACAAUGAGUUCUACAAUGGAUUGUGUUUCCGGGUUUGGGAUGGAAAUACUUUGACGUACUAUCGAAGACCCUGGAAUGUGCAGUCAUUGGCCUAUGAAACCAAAAUUGAAAGAAAUUUCAGAACUGAAGAUUAUGAAGAACAGGUUCAAGCAUUCCAACAUGUCAUUGAAGAAGAGACAUCAAAUUUUAAUACAAAAUUCACUCUAAAAUUUUCACCAACUGAAGCAAAGGCUUUGAAGAGUGAAAAAGCUUCCCAGGAAACAAACUCCUCAAGUCAUAAAGGUUCCUGGGGUGACUUGAAAUUUUCAUACUCGAAAAAUAAAACCUACCAACUAUUUUUGUCAUAUUCUUCCCAGACGGAGAAAAUCUUUCUGCGUGUGAGAGGAGUAGUUCAACUGGGAAGGUUUAUGAUGAGAAACCGUGACAUUAUGCUGACAACCACCUUCUUGAAUGACAUCAGAGCUCUGCCAGCUACCUAUGAAAAGGGAGAAUAUUUUGCAUUUCUGGAAACCUAUGGAACCCACUACAGUAGCUCUGGGUCUCUGGGAGGAUGCUAUGAGCUAAUAUACGUUCUGGAUAAAGCUUCCAUGGGUCAGCAAGGUAUUGAACUAAAUGAUGUAAAGAAAUGCCUUGGAUUUGGUUUGGAUUUAUCCCUCAAUAUCCAUGGAAAAUCUGAUGGGAUUUCACUCACAGGACAAAUUAAUAAAAACAAUUGCUUGAAGAGAGAUGGUGGGAAAGUUGUAAACAUCACCAGAGCUAACCUCAUAGAUGAUGUGAUUUCGCUCAUAAAAGGAGGAACUCAAAAACACGCCUUGGAACUGAAAGAAAAAUUGCUCACAAGAGCCAAGAUGAUUGAUGUGACAGACUUUGCCAACUGGGCCUCUUCCUUAAGUGAUGCUCCAGCGCUCAUCAGUCAAAAACUCUCCCCCAUUUAUAACCUGAUUCCAGUGAAAGAAAAAGAUGCACACCUAAAGAAACAAAAUCUAGAAAGAGCAAUUGGAGAUUAUCUCAAUGAAUACAGCACCAGAAAGUGCCUGCCCUGCCACAAUGGGGGGACUGUGAUUCUGAUGGAUGGAGGGUGUUUGUGUUCCUGCCCAGUUAUGUUCAACGGGAUUGCCUGUGAAAGCAAGAAGCAAAAAAUGGGUUAAGAAUUGUCAUUCUCCAAAUCCCCAGAAUUGGAGCUGUUGAGUGUCCCUGGAAUUAAACGGAAGAAAAAGACCCAGGACCUUCCAAAGUAAGCUCCUUCCCUGGAGAAAGUGCUCGCUGCCUUGUGGAAAGAAACAUGCUUUCUGAAAACCUGAGCCAGCCACUAAAGGCUCCUCUCGCUUUGGUCGGUAAUGCUUGUGUUGCUCCUUCCACUCCUGUAAUGUUUCCACUCUCUGCUCCCUAACGAAGGGACACCAGUGAGCUGUGCCAGCACUCUUUUCUCCCACCAGCCACUGCCAGUCCUUUGCUAAUAAAACAAAAUUAAAUUUAAAACAGAAUGU